CAUUAAUGGAGUGCUUGAGGGCACAAAUGCAAGAGUGGACAUACAAUAAUAGAAAGGAGGCACAAAAAUGCACAACAAGGCUGACACCAUCAUCUGAGAAAAAACUCAUAGGGAACUAUGUACAGUCAUUGCGACUAACAGUGAAACCAGCAAACCAGAACCUGUUUGAGGUGAUAGAUGAAGACAGAACAAGAAUAGUAAACUUGAAGGAGAAGACGUGCACAUGCAAUAGAUUUCAAAAAGAUGAAAUGCCAUGUAACCAUGCAGUCGCCGUCAUGAAGGACUUGAACAUAAACACAUACAACUACUGUGCACAAUACUACACAUCAAAAGCAUGGCUGCAAACAUAUGACGAAACAGUAUACCCAGUUGGAAACGUAAGAGAAUGGGAACUUCCAGAUUUUUUUGAAGAAAUCAUAGUGUUGCCUCCAAAGGAGAGAAUCAAGUCUGGAAGGCCGAGGAAAAGAAGAAUGGCAGCAGCUUGGGAAACAAAGAAACAAAACAAGUGUGGCAAGUGUGGACAAAAGGGACAUAACAAAAAGACCUGCAGAAGAAUUACGGACAUAGAAGUGGAAACAACUACACAUCAACCAAAAAACAACUAUAUUAAAACAUUUAGAAAACACAUACUGCAUAUUACGAUUGGUUGUUACAUACAUUUUUUUAUUGUGAUUUUUUAUGUGGAGAGAUAUUGAUAAUAGGGAAUUGGUAUUAUUAUCAUUAAUAUACAAAAGAACAUC